AUGGCUGCCAGUGGAGAGGUAGGCAAGCUGUUACAAGUACAAAAUGGGACGCCUCCAUCCACCAACUACAACGGGGUAGAUGCUGUGCACGCCUGCAACAUCCUUCAACAGCUCAAAGCCCUGUACGAUGAAGCACAACUGACAGAUAUUGUCGUAGAAGUUGACCACGGCAAGACUUUCUCCUGCCACCGGAAUGUUCUUGCAGCCAUCAGUCCAUACUUUAGGUCCAUGUUCACCAGCGGCCUUACGGAGAGCAGCCAGCGUGAGGUCAGAAUUGUGGGUGUGGAGUCCGAAUCCAUGCACCUCGUCCUUGACUAUGCCUACACCUCCAGAGUCGUGCUCUCAGAGUCCAACGUUCAGGCCCUUUUCACUGCAGCCAGCAUUUUCCAGAUUCCUGCUCUGCAGGAUCAGUGUGCCCAAUUUAUGAUCAGCCGUCUUGACCCUCAAAACUGUAUAGGGGUCUUCAUGUUCGCAGAUGCAUAUGGACAUCAGGAGUUGAGGGAACGGUCACAGGAUUACAUCAGGAAGAAGUUUCUGUGUGUUUCACUGGAGCAAGAAUUUCUCCAGAUGACCAAGGAGCAGCUGGUCAGCAUUUUAAACAGUGAUGACCUAAACGUGGAGAAGGAAGAACAUGUCUACGAGAGCAUCGUCCGCUGGCUCGAGCACGAUCGACCUGGCCGCGAAGCCAAUCUUGCAGAGGUUUUUUCUCAGUGCAUUCGUCUGCCCUUGCUGGAUGAGGCCUUUCUCAGUCGGAUACCGGCCCCCUUUGCCGGCGCCCUGUCACUGUCCGAAGACCCAGUCGAGGUGAAAGCUCGUCUCAGCGGCACAAAUGGUUGUUCACAGCGUCUGGGCAUGACUGCGUCUGAGAUGGUGAUCUGCUUCGACGCAGCUCAUAAACACUCAGGUAAGAAGCAGACGGUGCCUUGCCUGGACACAGCCGCUGGGAGGGUGUUCAAGCUCUGCAAGCCACCUAACGACCUCAGAGAGGUUGGCAUCUUGGUGUCACCAGAGAACGACAUCUACAUUGCCGGCGGCUAUCGACCAAGCAACAGUGAGGUUUGCAUUGACCAUCGAGCAGAGAGUGACUUCUGGCAAUAUGAGCAUGCAGGAAACCGAUGGCUUCCACGAGCGCCUCUGCUGAGGGCGAGGAUAGGAUGCAGACUGGUGCACUGUUGUGGGAAACUUUAUGCCCUGGGAGGCAGAGUUUAUGAAGGGGAUGGACGAAAUGCCUUGAAAUCCGUAGAGUGCUAUGAUGCCAGAGACAACUGUUGGACGGCGGUCAGUCCUAUGCCAGUUGCCAUGGAGUUUCACAGUGCUGUAGAAUAUAAAGACCGGAUCUAUGUCCUCCAAGGUGAAUAUUUCUUCUGCUAUGAUCCCCGUAAAGACUAUUGGAGUCAUCUAGCUCCAAUGAGCGUCCCUCGGAGUCAGGGUCUGGCUGCCUUGUAUAAGAACUGCAUCUACUACAUCGCUGGAAUCUGCAGGAACCACCAACGCACCUUUACAGUGGAGCUCUAUGACAUAGAGAGUAACACAUGGAGCCGAAAGAGAGAGCUGCCCUUUGACCAAGCUACAAGCCCAUAUAUAAAGGCCAUGUUGCUGCAGGGAAAGCUGCACCUGUUUGUUCGUGCCACGCAAGUCAUGGUAGAGGAGCACGUGUUUCGCACCAGCCGCAAGAACUCCCUUUACCAGUACGACGACGAGGCAGAUGCAUGGACCAAAGUCUAUGAGACCCCCGAUCGUCUUUGGGAUUUGGGUCGCCAUUUUGAGUGUGUGGUGGCCAAACUUUACCCACAGUGUCUACAGAAAGUGCUUUGAGUUAAACCCUGUUUUAUCAGGGGGGGUGGGGGUGCUGUUGGUCCUGCCUGCCUUGUGCCUGGUGUUAUCUUGGCUUUUACACCAGCUGGACCAUUUUUCUUUUCUGUUGAGUCUUAAUUGGUUAAACUUUAGUUCAAGAUGAUCAAAAGUGGGGGUGCUUUUAAAGAUUGCAGUAUUUGCUUUUGUUCCUUUUAUAGACGGCACCAACUACACACUGAAGCAUGCUUAACAAAACCCUGCAACAAAUCAUAAGUGCAAUUAUCCUUUUUUCGCUUGCUGUUGAGCCAUGUUUUUCUUUUGUUGUUUGAACUGUAUAAAAGGUGAUUUUAUUUUCUCUUGAAGUUUGGCAUGCUAUUGAGGGUGUCCGUAAGAUAAAAUGCCUUCUAGAUAUAAGGAUGCUAUGUGUCACCAUAAAGUAAAAAUCUCUCUCUCUCUAUAUAUAUAUAAAUAGCUAUAUAAACUUUUCAUACGGGUAAGGUGAGUACCAUAGCUCAGUAGUUUGCUAACAUUAAGUUUUUCCUUUACUUUUAAUUUUUAUUCUCUGUCCAGGCAUCUCUUCUGCUCAUUAGUUUUAUUGUAAUAUGUGCUUGUGAUUUACAUUCUUGGUGUGUUUAAACCCGAAAGUGUGCCUGAUAGUUUUAGGCAUGGGCCGGUAUCAUAACCUCGAGUCGGUAUUGUCUUCAAACUUUAAGCAAAUUCUUUCAGACCCGCCUUUUUAAAAUGAACUGUUAUUGCUGCUGCAAUUCAAGUUGCCAUUACAUUAAUAGCGAUAUCUAGACCACGUUAACCAGAUUUGACAGAAUUACACACAAAUAUAUACUGCCAUCUGUAAUAUCAGUUAACAAGAUAUUUUGGCACAGAAUAUCAGACCUCUAUAUAGUUAUAUAAUUAUACCAAAUGUCUGUUAGCAGGUUAAUUAUUCAGGUUGAGUUUUGGCGGAACCUUAAUUCAUCUGGUAUAUACCAAUGACUCUAAUGGCUUUAAAUGAGCCUUAUAAAACAUUACACACCAGCUCAUGUUGCAGCUUCCAGUGGUGCUUUUCGAAUCUUUGUUUUAGUCCGAAGCAUCGACAGGUGUCGUUUAAUGCACAUAAUGCAAAGUACAGUUUUCAGAUGGAUUCAUUUGGUUAGCAAUAGGAAAAUUAGCAAUGUUUUAGCCAGUUGAAAUGCGGUCCACAGCUUCAGCUAGGGGAAGAGUGGUGCCGCUGCAUUGCUCUUUGCUACAUGCAGCUGUAUAAAGCAGCCACUUUCUCACACUAAAGGACUUGAGCCGGUAGGCAAGGCAUAAUAAACAAUGGAUCCUAUAAGCCGUUUAAAGCCUUGGUAUACCAGUGACCGGCCCAUGCCUAGAACGUUUCACCCCCCUUCACAAGCAUCAGCAGAUAAAAACAACCUUUGCAACAAGAAAUGGCUUCUUUUUUUUGGGAUACCAAUUGAAUGCAGCUCACACUUCCCACUUCUUUGAGUUGGCAUCCGUUGUGUGUCUUAUGCAAAGAUAUUUUAAGUAAAGUCUUAGAGUAUUCACUCUCCACAUUGGAGAUAUAAGGACGGAGUCAAAUUUUGUGCUAACACUAAGUGGCAAGUUCGUACCAACUAACAGAUUUACCUCAGAUUUAUUUGAACCUGGAGAAAAGGGAUGUUUUCAGGCUUUUUGUUUUUCUACGGAGCAGCUGUGUGAAAAGUUCAAUUUGGCAUUUGGAUGUUAGAUUGGCUUUGGCCUCAUGUUAUUAUAAUCUUAUAGAACGUUGGAGAAAAAAAAAUGCCAUAAAAAGCUUUUGAGGUCUCGUCAUAGUCGUUGUGGACAUUGAAACUAAUUUUGUGGUAGCAAUAAAUCAAGGAACUGUGAUUAGGCUUUAUUAUCUUGUAUUACCUUUAGUGCAUUAAUGUUUUUGUUUGCUUGUCUCGACUUGUGGGGAAAAAUGGUAGUUCUAGUACCAGUAACUGUUUGGCUGUCGCAUGGAUGCAGAAUUGAACCGAUGUGUAAUUUGGUGCACAUUAUGUGUGAUGCCAAUGUGCCUGUGGCUAAAAGAAAAGGGGAGCAUCAGAAU